AAUUUCCUAUGUAUUUUUUUUCUCCGUACGAGGCGCUAGUUGUUCAUUGACUGUCAAAAUUAUUAUUUUUCUCAUUCACAAAAGUGGAAUGUGAAGAAAAAAGUGUAGUUUUUAGUGUUUACUGCAAAAUAUUGUGCGAAAUAAAGUUUCCAAGUGUUUCCUCAACAAUGUCCGAGUCUUAUGAUUAUUUGUUCAAGUUUCUCAUCAUUGGAAGUGCUGGGAUUGGAAAAUCUUGCAUUUUGCAUCACUUCAUUGAAAGCAAAUUCAAAGAUGACUCCUCACACACAAUUGGUGUGGAAUUCGGCAGUAGAAUUGUGAAUGUGGGUGGAAAAUCGGUGAAGCUUCAGAUUUGGGACACUGCUGGUCAAGAGAGAUUCCGUUCAGUGACACGCUCCUACUACCGUGGAGCAGCUGGAGCCCUCCUUGUGUACGACACAACCUCCAGGGAAUCCUUCAAUGCACUCAGCAAUUGGCUCAAUGAUGCCCGUACCCUUGCCAGUCCAAACAUUGUGAUCCUCCUUGUGGGAAAUAAGAAGGAUCUCGAGGAGGAGCGUGAGGUAACCUUCCUGGAAGCGAGCACAUUUGCUCAAGAAAAUGAACUCAUCUUCUUGGAAACGAGUGCAAAGACCGGGGAGAAUGUCGAGGAGGCCUUCCUCAAGUGCUCCAAGACCAUCCUAGCUAAAAUUGAGACAGGAGAACUCGAUCCUGAACGCAUUGGAAGUGGCAUUCAGUACGGUGAUUCAGCUCUGCGCAAUCUUCAGACGCGACAGAGAAUCUCCCGAACUCCCGAUUGUGUCUGUCGCACUUAGAGAGUCACAAACAAACAAACAAAAAUCGUCCAUGCGAUUCCCCGCGCACUUUAUUUCCAUACAACGGAAAAACACGCACCACCCCCCUCUUUUUUUAUUACUCCCCCAUCCUCCCCAUUUAUCUCGCGGAGGAAAUGUUAAUUUGUGGGCACAUGUUCGAAAGAAUGCGACUAGUUUAUUAUUUAUUUUUAUAUUGAUUGCAAUUUGUGAGUUGUGACUUUUGUUGGGUAAAAAUCUAUGAGAAAAAAAAUCUCAUUAAAUUUUAUCUUGCAUUGUGCCACGUAGGGAGUGAAAUUUUGCAAAUUUCACUCAAAUUUUGUCAAUUAACUGCAUUUAUAUCUCUCUAACAUACUCAUUUAUCUCUUUUGUUUUCAUUGGGCCACAUAAACAGUCACUACUGUACAAAUUCUUAUCUUUAUUUUGUUUAACAAUCAUUGAGAUAAAGAAUAGGACAAAAUUGUCUCAAGACAAACUCGAAAUUCCCCUCCAAUAAAUAUUAAGCUAGCCGACAAUUUUUGUGCAAUUUUGUGUCAAAAAAAAAUUCAAAAGAACUCAUAAAGUAUUAAAUGUAGUGAAUAGAAUAAUGUAGAUGUUAAUAGAGAUGGCAUUCUUUCACAAAAUAAUUGAAAACACAAAAAAAUCUAUUUUUGUAUGGAAAUCCUACCAUUUGAAAAAAAAUCAAUAACUUCUAUGUAGAAUGAAAGACAAAAUGUUCAAUGCUAUCUAAAAGAUAAGAAAUUUGUGUAUCACAAUUUAGAAUAUCUACUAGAGGGGAAUUUUGAGCUUCAAUUGGAGAUUAUUUUAGAAGAAAAAAAAUUAUUUUAAAUUGAUUUUCUUUAAAAGAAAACAUUUUUGAAUGAUUCACGAAGAAAUUAAUAUUUGACGAAAUUAUUUUUUCAGAUUGUUCACGGAAAAUCUAGAAAUGGAAAUUGAUACACCUUGUGAGAAUUCUCUUUACAUUUAGUAUAGUAGAAAGUUAAAGAGAACAAAAGGCAUUGAAAUUGUUUAAAUUGGAUGCGAUAAAAAUCAUAAAUUAAUUAAGGUAAAUAAAAAAAAUAUUCCAUUAUACACGUUCUUUCGGGAGAUUAAAAUCGUUUGAAAAAAAAUCUCGGUUCUCUUUUGUAAUUAGCAAUUAUAUUAUUAUUCUGUGUAAUUUCAAAAUAAAACCAGUGUACAUAAAAUCA